AAAAUGCCAAAUUCUGGUUACUAAAUAUCUCCCUAUUCCUUCCUUUUGAAGAACUUCACCAUCUAAACUUGUCUGCAAACUCAUUUGAUGGGUUUAUUGAGAAUGAAGAAUUAGCUAGUUUGAGAAAUUUGGAAGUGUUGGAUCUAAGCUAUAAUGAUUUGGAAAGCUUUCAACUAUUGCAAGAUUCAAAAAGCUUGUCCAUAUUCAAAAAGCUCGAGACCUUGAACCUCAAUUACAACAAGUUCAAAAACACUAGCCUACAACAAUUGAAUAUAUUUACAUCCCUUAAAAAUCUUUCUCUAAGAGGGAACUAUGUUGGAGGAUUUUUUCCGAUCCAAGAAUUAUGCACUCUGGAAAACUUUGUGAUGUUGGACCUAAGUGAGAAUUUCUUUAUUGGCAUGCAAGGUUUUAAAAGUUUGCCUAAGCUGAAAAAGCUGGAAAUCUUAAACCUUGGUUAUAAUCGGUUCAACAAGACCAUUAUAAAACAGUUGAGUGGACUCACAUCCCUUAAAACACUAGUUGUAAGCAACAACUAUAUUGAGGGACUUUUUCCUUCCCAAGAAUUAUCUAUUUUUGGAAACUUGAUGACACUGGAUUUAAGCGAGAAUAGAUUCAAUGGCUCCCUAUCAAUCCAAGAUUUUGCAAGCUUAAGCAAUUUGGAGCUAUUGGAUUUGAGUUAUAAUUCAUUUAGUGGGAGCGUUCCAUCAUCUAUAAGAUUGAUGUCUUCUCUCAAGUCUUUAUCCCUGGCUCGAAAUCACCUCAAUGGUUCCUUACCAAAUCAAGAUUUUGCAAGCUUAAGCAAUUUGGAGCUAUUGGAUUUGAGUCAUAAUUCAUUUAGUGGGAUCCUUCCAUCGUCUAUAAGAUUGUUGUCUUCUCUCAAGUCUUUAUAUCUGGCUGGAAAUCACCUCAAUGGUUCCUUACCAAAUCAAGAUUUUGCAAGCUUAAGCAAUUUGGAGAUACUAGAUUUGAGUUAUAAUUCCUUAAGUGGGAUUAUUCCAUUAUCUAUAAGAUUGAUGCCUCAUCUCAAGUCUUUAUCCUUGGUCGGAAAUCACCUCAAUGGUUCUUUACAAAAUCAAGGUUUCUGCCAAUUGAAUAAGCUUCAAGAGUUAGAUCUUUCUUACAACUUAUUCCAAGGGAUCCUUCCUCCAUGUUUGAAUAAUUUGACAUCUCUGAGGUUAUUGGAUCUCUCUGCCAACCUAUUCUCCGGAAAUCUUUCUUCCCCUUUAUUACCUAAUCUCACAUCCCUGGAGUACAUCGAUCUCAGUUACAAUCAGUUUGAGGGUUCAUUCUCUUUCAGCUCUUUUGCUAAUCACUCCAAGCUUCAAGUGGUCAUACUUGGAACGGAUAACGACAAUUCUGAGGUAGUUGGAAGGGAUAACAACAAAUUUGAGGUAGAAACUGAAUAUCCAGUUGGUUGGGUUCCCCUGUUUCAGCUGAAGGCUCUCUCUCUAUCCAGCUGUAAGCUCACCGGUGACCUUCCUGGUUUUCUUCAAUACCAAUUCAUGUUAGUGGGGGUUGAUCUCUCACAUAAUAACUUGACAGGAAGUUUCCCCAAUUGGUUGCUUGAAAACAAUAUGAGACUAAAAUCUCUAGUCCUAAGGAAUAACUCUUUAAUGGGUCAACUACUUCCCUUGGGACCUAAUACCCGUAUCAAUUCAUUGGAUAUCUCACACAAUCAGUUGGAUGGACAACUUCAAGAAAAUGUGGGCCAUAUGAUUCCAAAUAUGGAAUAUCUAAAUUUAUCCAACAAUGGUUUUGAAGGUAUUCUCCCAUCCUCAAUAGCUGAACUGAGAGCCUUAUGGAUUUUGGAUUUGUCUACCAAUAAUUUCUCUGGAGAAGUACCAAAGCAAUUGCUUGCAGCAAAAGAUUUGGGGUAUUUGAAAUUAUCAAAUAAUAAAUUUCAUGGUGAAAUAUUUUCAAGGGACUUUAACUUGACUGGGUUAUCGUGUUUGUAUUUGGGCAAUAAUCAGUUGACGGGAACUCUGUCAAAUGUAAUCUCCAUAAGCUCUGAGUUGGAGGUGUUGGAUGUGAGCAACAACUACAUGUCAGGUGAAAUUCCAAGCCAGAUAGGUAACAUGACCUAUUUGACUACACUAGUGUUGGGCAACAAUAGUUUUAAAGGCAAAUUACCACCCGAGAUUUCUCAAUUGUGGGGGUUGGAGUUUCUUGACGUUUCUCAAAAUGCUCUUUCAGGAUCUCUUCCUUGUUUGAAGACCAUGGAGAGUUUAAAGCAUCUACAUUUGCAAGGGAACAUGUUUACAGGAUUAAUACCCAGAUAUUUUCUCAAUUCCUCACAUUUAUUGACUUUGGAUAUGCGAGAUAACAGGUUAUUUGGAAGUAUUCCCAAUUCAAUCUCUGCACUUUUGAAGCAGCUAAGGAUUCUUUUGCUGGGAGGAAACCUUUUAAGUGGUUUUAUUCCAAAUCAUCUUUGUCAUUUGACUGAAAUAAGCUUGAUGGAUCUUUCAAACAACUCUUUUUCAGGGCCAAUUCCCAGAUGCUUUGGCCAUAUCCGAUUUGGGGAGAUGAAAAAGGAGGACAACGUGUUUGGACAAUUCAUUGAACUUGGGUAUGGAAUGAGUUCUCAUCUUGUAUAUGCAGGUUACUUGGUGGAAUAUUGGGGGUUCUCAAGUCUAGUAUAUAAUGAAAAAGAUGAAGUUGAGUUUGUCACUAAGAACAGGCGUGACUCCUACAAAGGUGGCAUCCUUGAAUUCAUGUCUGGAUUGGACUUAUCAUGUAACAACUUGACAAGUGAAAUACCUCAUGAGCUUGGAAUGCUAAGUUGGAUUCGUGCUUUGAACUUGUCUCACAAUCAAUUGAAUGGCUCCAUUCCAAAGAGUUUCUCCAAUCUUUCCCAAAUAGAGAGCUUAGACCUUUCUUAUAAUAAACUGGGUGGAGAAAUUCCUCUAGAGCUAGUUGAACUCAAUUUUUUAGCGGUGUUUAGUGUGGCUUACAACAACAUCUCUGGUAGAGUUCCAGAUGCCAAAGCACAAUUUGCAACAUUUGAUGAAAGCAGCUAUGAAGGUAAUCCUUUCCUUUGUGGGGAACUAUUAAAGAGGAAAUGCAACACAUGUAUUGAGUCAUCAUGCGCACCAUCACAGUCUUUUGAAAGUGAGGCAAAAUGGUAUGAUAUCAAUCAUGUUGUUUUCUUUGCAAGUUUUACUACUUCAUAUAUCAUGAUCUUGUUAGGAUUUGUUACCAUCCUUUACAUCAAUCCUUAUUGGCGUCAUAGAUGGUUCAAUUUUAUCGAGGAAUGUAUAUAUUCCUGCUAUUAUUUUGUUUUUGAUAGUUUUUCCAAGUUAUCAGCAUAUUUGUAUAAUUAGAUACUUUUAAUUGGAUGAUGCUUGCAUAAUUAACUACUAUUUGUUUCCAUGGGAUAGAAAGAAAUGGGAUGUAUAAUGCUAUGAGUUGAAACUU